ACAAGCUGCGCGUCACAUUCAGUCGAGACCAGAAUAUGACGUUGAGAGAGCGGAAACACAAGCCACGUGAGCGAAGAACCAGUCACGCUAAUUUAAAAGGCCGGGAUCCAUACAUCGUGACCAAGCUAUCAUUGGCGAUUUUUCAGGUUUUCCCACAUGCAAAGCUUGUAGAGAGGUAUUUGGCUCUGGCUGUGAUCUUGUGCUCAGUGCUGCCACUGUCCCAUGCUGCCGGCUUUCAACAAGCUGAACCAGGUGAUGGGAUAAAACAGUGUCUUGAUACGAAGGAUGGGACAUGGCACGCUAUCGGUUCCAGGUGGAGGACCAGUGACUGUAUGGACUGCAGUUGUCUAGACAACGGGGAGAUGAGUUGCUGCCCCGCGUAUUCAACACCCACAAUGUUUCCAAGUGAUUGCAUGAAGGAGUUUGACCAGAAGGCCUGUCAGUUCAAUGUGUUCAAGAAAGGUGAUCGCUCCGUUCCAUGUCCCAUCUACAACAUGGAGGGGAAGUGUUAGAUGGGACACAUCAGUAACGGGCAUCCCAUCCUAUCUGUUAUCCUUUGCUCAGAGUUAGUCAGCACUUAUGUGUUUUGAUAAGUUGCUUAUGCCCAUAUUCUAUCAGAAAUUAUUCUCUUCUACUCUGCUCCACAUGAAUAUAAUAUGAAAGUGUGAAGUACUACAGAUAUUAAUGCGAGAACAUGUGUUCUCGCAUAAAUAAGAACUUUGUCACUUCUUAAUAAACAUGCGCAUUAAUAUC